AUGGAUAGCUCAGAAACUGCGGGAAGCUGCGGUCGGGAAGGACACGGGCCAGAAGCUAGUGUGGAAAAUGGGGCCCAGACCAUGACACCAAAGCUCUCCUCUGUGAGGAAGGCUCACAAGAUGCUGGGCAGAGAGAGCCUGCUCGUCAGGCUCACGGGCAUGAACCUUCCAUCUCCCGUUAUCAGUAGCAAGAACUGGUUACGGCUGCACUUCACGUCUGACAGCAAUCACCGACGCAAAGGGUUCAAUGCUCAGUUUCAAGUGAAAAAGGCGAUUGAACUGAAGUCCAGAGGGGUCAAGAUGCUUCCGAGCAAGGAGAGCAGCCACAAGAACUCCGUGUUGAGUCAAGGAGGUGUUGCCUUGGUCUCUGACAUGUGUCCAGACCCUGGAAUUCCAGAAAAUGGCAGAAGAACAGGUUCCGACUUCAGGGUUGGUGCGAGUGUGCAGUUCUCCUGUGAGGACAAUUAUGUGCUCCAGGGCUCCAAGAGCAUCACAUGUCAGAGGGUCACUGAGACACUCGCUGCCUGGAGUGACCACAGGCCCAUCUGCAGAGCUAGAACGUGUGGAUCAAACCUGCGUGGACCCAGUGGGGUCAUCACCUCGCCUAACUACCCGGUGCAGUAUGAAGACAACGCACAUUGUGUGUGGGUUAUCACAACAACCGACCCAGACAAGGUCAUCAAGCUUGCUUUUGAAGAGUUUGAACUGGAGCGAGGGUAUGACACGCUGACAGUAGGGGAUGGAGGAAGAGUGGGGGACACAAGAUCCGUCCUGUAUGUACUCACGGGGUCCAGUGUUCCUGAUCUCAUCGUGAGCAUGAGCAAUCAGAUGUGGCUGCACCUGCAGUCUGACGACAGCAUUGGCUCACCUGGCUUUAAAGCUGUUUACCAAGAAAUUGACAAGGGAGGCUGUGGGGACCCUGGGAUCCCUGCCUAUGGGAAGCGGACUGGCAACAGCUUCCUCCACGGAGACACACUCACCUUCGAGUGCCAAGCGGCUUUUGAACUGGUGGGAGAGAGGGUUAUCACCUGCCAGCAGAACAACCAGUGGUCCGGCAACAAGCCCACCUGCGUGUUUUCCUGUUUCUUCAACUUUACGGCCUCAUCUGGCAUUAUUCUGUCGCCCAAUUACCCCGAGGAAUAUGGGAACAACAUGAACUGUGUUUGGCUGAUUAUCUCUGAGCCAGGCAGUAGGAUCCAUCUCGUCUUCAAUGAUUUUGACGUGGAGCCUCAGUUUGACUUCCUUGCAGUCAAGGAUGAUGGCAUUUCUGAUAUCACUGUCCUUGGGACAUUUUCUGGCAACGAGGUACCUGCCCAGCUGGCCAGCAGUGGCCACGUAGUGCGCUUGGAAUUCCAGUCUGACCACUCGACCACUGGCAGAGGGUUCAACAUCACGUACACCACAUUUGGCCAAAAUGAGUGCCACGACCCCGGCAUCCCUGUUAACGGACGGCGCUUUGGCGACAGGUUUCUGCUUGGCAGCUCAGUCUCUUUCCACUGUGAUGAUGGCUUUGUGAAAACCCAGGGGUCUGAGUCCAUCACCUGCAUCCUGCAGGACGGGAACGUGGUCUGGAGCUCCACCGUGCCGCGCUGUGAAGCCCCCUGUGGUGGACACCUGACUGCUGCCAGCGGGGUCAUUCUGCCUCCAGGAUGGCCAGGGUAUUACAAAGACUCUUUAAAUUGCGAAUGGAUCAUCGAGGCAAAACCUGGACACUCUAUCAAAAUCACUUUUGAUCGGUUCCAAACUGAAGUCAACUAUGACACCUUAGAGGUGCGCGACGGGCCAGCUGCGUCCUCGCCGCUGAUUGGAGAGUACCACGGCACGCAGGCGCCACAGUUCCUUAUCAGCACUGGCAACUUCAUGUACCUGCUCUUCACCACCGACAACAGCCGCUCCAGUGUGGGCUUCCUCAUCCACUAUGAGAGUGUGACUCUCGAGUCAGACUCUUGCCUGGACCCGGGCAUCCCUGUGAAUGGUCGUCGGCACGGCAGUAACUUUGGCAUCAGGGCCACUGUGACAUUCAGCUGCGACCCAGGGUACACGCUGAGCGAAGAUGAGCCCCUGGUGUGUGACCGCAGCCACCAGUGGAACCACGCACUUCCCAGCUGUGACGCCCUGUGUGGAGGCUACAUCCAUGGGAGCAGUGGGACCAUCCUUUCUCCUGGGUUUCCAGAUUUUUAUCCAAACUCCCUCAACUGCACGUGGACCAUUGAAGUGCCCCAUGGGAAGGGGGUACAGAUGACCUUCCACACCUUUCACCUGGAGAGUUCCCAUGACUAUUUGCUGAUCACAGAGGAUGGCAGCUUUUCGGAGCCAGUUGCCAGGCUCACGGGGUCAGUUCUGCCUCACACAAUUAAGGCAGGUUUGUUCGGAAACUUCACCGCCCAGCUUCGCUUCAUAUCAGACUUCUCCAUUUCCUAUGAGGGCUUCAAUAUCACGUUUUCAGAAUACGACCUGGAGCCAUGUGACGACCCUGGAGUGCCUGCCUUCAGCCGGAGGAUCGGCUUCCACUUUGGAGUGGGAGAUGCACUGACCUUCACCUGCUUCCCAGGAUACCGCUUAGAAGGUGCAACCAAGCUUACGUGCCUGGGUGGGGGCCGCCGUGUGUGGAGUGCACCUCUGCCAAGGUGUGUGGCUGAAUGUGGUGCGAGUGUCAGAGGCAAUGAGGGAACGUUAUUGUCCCCAAAUUUCCCAUCAAACUAUGAUAAUAACCACGAGUGCAUCUAUAAGAUAGAGACAGAGGCGGGCAAGGGGAUUCAUCUCAGAGCCCGAAGCUUUCAGCUCUUCGAAGGUGACAUUCUCAAGGUUUACGAUGGAAAGGACAGCUCAUCUCGGCCACUGGGAGCCUUUACCAAGAAUGAGCUCCUGGGGCUGACCCUGAACAGCACCUCCAAUCACCUGUGGCUGGAAUUCAACACCAAUGGAUCAGACACCGACCAGGGCUUCCAGCUCACCUAUACGAGUUUUGAUCUUGUCAAGUGUGAGGAUCCAGGCAUCCCCAAUUAUGGCUACAGGAUCCGCGAUGAAGGUCACUUUACCGACACCGUGGUCCUGUAUAGUUGUAACCCAGGGUAUGCCAUGCAUGGCAGCAGCACCUUGACCUGUCUGAGUGGAGACCGGAGAGUGUGGGACAAGCCAUUGCCCUCUUGCCUUGCGGAAUGCGGUGGCCAGAUACACGCGGCCACAUCAGGACGAAUCCUGUCCCCUGGCUACCCAGCUCCUUAUGACAACAACCUGCACUGCACGUGGAUCAUAGAGGCAGACCCUGGGAAGACCAUCAGUCUACACUUCAUUGUCUUUGACACCGAGACGGCACAUGACAUCCUCAAAGUCUGGGACGGCCCCGUGGACAGCAACAUCUUGCUGAAGGAGUGGAGUGGCUCGGCCCUCCCUGGUGACAUCCACAGCACCUUCAACUCGCUCACCCUGCAGUUUGACAGCGACUUCUUCAUCAGCAAGUCCGGCUUCUCCAUCCAGUUCUCAACAUCAGUCGCGUCUACCUGCAACGACCCAGGGAUGCCCCAGAAUGGUACCCGUUAUGGGGACAGCCGGGAGCCAGGCGACACCAUCACCUUCCAGUGCGAUCCUGGGUACCAGCUUCAAGGACAAGCCAAGGUCACCUGUGUGCAGCAGAACAACAGGUUCUUUUGGCAACCGGACCCUCCGACGUGCAUAGCUGCGUGCGGUGGGAACCUGACAGGCCCUGCAGGUGUCAUCUUGUCGCCCAACUACCCUCAGCCCUACCCUCCUGGGAAGGAGUGCGACUGGAGAAUCAAUGUGAACCCGGACUUUGUCAUUGCCUUGAUAUUCAAAAGCUUCAACAUGGAGCCCAGCUACGACUUCCUGCACAUCUAUGAAGGGGCAGACUCCAACAGUCCCCUCAUCGGGAGUUUCCAGGGCUCUCAGGCCCCAGACAGAAUUGAGAGCAGCGCAAACAGUCUUUUCCUGGCAUUUCGAAGUGACGCCUCCGUGGGCCUAUCGGGCUUUGCCAUUGAGUUCAAAGAGAAACCCCGGGAAGCUUGCUUUGACCCUGGAAAUAUAAUGAAUGGGACAAGAAUUGGAGUUGACUUCAAGCUGGGCUCCACUGUUACCUACCAGUGUGACUCUGGAUACAAGAUCGUGGACCCCUCAUCCAUCACGUGUGUGAUUGGAGCCGAUGGGAAGCCAUCCUGGGACGGUGUACUGCCAUCCUGCAGUGCUCCCUGUGGAGGCCAGUACACGGGAUCAGAAGGGGUAGUUUUGUCACCAAACUACCCUCACAACUACACAGCUGGUCAAAUCUGCCUUUACUCAAUCACUGUACCAAAGGAAUUCGUGGUGUUUGGGCAGUUUGCCUACUUCCAGACGGCGCUCAACGACCUGGCGGAGCUGUUUGACGGGACCCACCCUCAGGCGCGGUUGCUCAGCUCACUCUCUGGCUCUCACUCAGGUGAAACUUUGCCUCUGGCAACAUCCAAUCAGAUUUUGCUGCGGUUCAGUGCCAAGAGUGGUGCCUCCGCACGAGGGUUUCAUUUCGUUUACCAAGCUGUGCCUCGUACCAGCGACACCCAAUGCACCUCUGUCCCUGAGCCCAGAUACGGAAGGAGAAUUGGCUCUGAGUUUUCAGCUGGUUCCGUCGUUCGAUUUGAGUGUAACCCAGGAUAUCUGCUCCAGGGCUCCACAGCCAUCCGCUGUCAGUCUGUGCCCAACGCGCUGGCCCAGUGGAAUGACACCAUCCCGAGCUGUGUGGUCCCCUGCAGUGGCAACUUCACCCAGCGGAGAGGGACAAUUCUGUCUCCAGGCUACCCAGAGCCGUAUGGAAACAACCUCAACUGUGUCUGGAAGAUCAUAGUCACUGAGGGGUCGGGGAUCCAGAUUCAGGUGAUCAGCUUUGCCACAGAACAGAACUGGGACUCCCUGGAGAUCCAUGAUGGAGGCGACGCGUCAGCACCGAGACUGGGGAGCUUCUCAGGUAGCACAGUACCAGCCUUGCUCAACAGCACGUCCAACCAGCUCUACCUGCAUUUCCAAUCCGACAUCAGCGUGGCAGCAGCUGGCUUCCGCCUAGAAUACAAAACUGUGGGUCUGGCCGCAUGCCAAGAACCAGCGCUUCCCAGCAACGGCAUCAAAAUAGGAGGUCGCUACAUGGUGAAUGACGUGUUGUCCUUUCAGUGUGAGCCGGGCUACACCUUGCAGGGCCGCUCUCACAUUUCUUGCAUGCCUGGAACUGUCCGUCGCUGGAACUACCCCUCUCCACUCUGCAUCGCCACCUGUGGGGGGACGUUGCACAGCAUGGGUGGAGCAAUCCUGAGCCCCGGCUUCCCUGGCGCCUACCCCAACAACCUGGACUGUACCUGGAAGAUUAUGCUGCCUGUCGGCUAUGGAGCACACAUCCAGUUUCUGAAUUUCUCCACGGAAGCAAACCAUGACUACCUUGAGAUUCAGAACGGCCCUCACCACAGCAGCCCGAUGAUCGGGCAGUUCAGUGGGAGCGACCUGCCGGCAGCGCUGCUGAGCACCACGCACGAGACACUCAUCCACUUCUACAGUGACCACUCGCAAAACAGGCAAGGCUUCAAGCUCCUGUACCAAGCCUAUGAGUUACAGAACUGCCCGGACCCACCCCCAUUCCAGAACGGGUACAUGAUCAACUCGGACUACAGUGUGGGGCAGUCCAUAUCAUUCGAGUGCUAUCCUGGGUACAUCCUGAUUGGACACCCUGUGCUCACCUGCCAGCAUGGGAUCAACAGAAACUGGAACCACCCGUUUCCACGAUGUGACGCUCCCUGUGGCUACAACGUGACAGCUCAGAACGGGACCAUCUACUCACCCGGGUUUCCGGACGAGUACCCAAUCCUGAAGGACUGCACAUGGCUGAUCACUGUGCCGCCAGGUCACGGUGUCUACAUUAACUUCACCUUGCUGCAGACGGAGGCUGUGAACGACUACAUUGCGGUGUGGGAUGGGCCUGACCAGACGGCCCCCCCACUCGGAGUCUUCAGUGGGAACACAGCGCUUGAGACAGCACACAGCUCCACCAGCCAGGUCCUGCUCAGGUUCCACAGCGACUUCUCCAACGGCGGCUUCUUUGUCCUCAACUUCCAUGCAUUUCAGCUCAGGAAGUGCCAGCCCCCACCUGCGGUCCCACAAGCGGAAAUGCUUACUGAGGAUGAGGACUUUGAAAUAGGAGACUUUGUGAAGUUCCAGUGCCGUCCUGGCUACACCUUGCUGGGCAGUGACACGCUCACCUGCAAGCUCAGCUCCAGCUCCCAGCUGCAGUUCGAAGGCUCGCUCCCGACCUGCGAAGCACAGUGCCCAGCUAAUGAAGUGCGGACAGAGUCCUCUGGUGUAAUCCUUAGCCCUGGGUAUCCUGGCAACUAUUUCAACUCCCAGACCUGCUCCUGGAGCAUCAAAGUGGAACCAAACUUCAACAUCACCAUCUUCAUAGAAACGUUUCAAAGUGAAAAGCAGUUUGAUGCACUGGAAAUAUUUGACGGUUCUUCGGGACAAAGCCCCUUGCUGGUGGUCCUGAGUGGCAACCACACAGAGCCGUCCAACUUCACCAGCAGGAGUCAUCAGCUGUAUCUCCGCUGGUCCACCGACCACGCCACCACCAAGAAGGGGUUCAAGAUUCGGUACGCAGCACCUUACUGCAGUGUUACGCACACCCUGAAGAACGGGGGCGUUUUCAACAGGACCACGGGAACAGUGGGCAGCAGAGUGCAUUACUUCUGUAAGCCUGGCUACCGGAUGAUUGGCCACAGCAACGCCACCUGCCUGCGGGACGCUGGGGGAGUGUACCGCUGGGAUUCCCUUAUGCCGCUCUGCCAUGCUGUGUCCUGUGGCAUCCCAGAAUCUCCAGGGAAUGGAUCAUUUGCAGGCAACGAGUUCACACUGGACAGCAAAGUGACCUAUGGAUGUAACGAGGGCUUUAAGCUGGAGUCCGGGCAGCAAGCAACAGCAGUGUGCCAGGAGGACGGACAGUGGAGCAACAGAGGGAGGCCACCUGCCUGCAAUCCGGUACCUUGUCCUGCCAUUGAAACUCAGCUCUCGGAGCACGUCAUCUGGAGGCUGGUCGCAGGCUCGCUGAAUGAGUAUGGGGCUCAAGUGCUCCUGAGCUGCAAUCCCGGUUACUACUUGGAGGGCCCAAGGCUCCUCCAGUGCCAAGCCAAUGGGACGUGGAACACAGGGGAAGAGAGACCAAGCUGUAAAGUGAUCUCGUGCGGAAGCCUGUCCUUUCCCCCCAACGGGAACAAGAUUGGGACACUGACAGUGUUCGGAGCCACAGCUAUAUUCACCUGUAACACCGGCUACACCCUCGUGGGCUCUCAUGUCCGGGAGUGUUUGGCAAAUGGACUCUGGAGCGGAACUGAAACUCGAUGUCUGGCCGGCCACUGUGGCUCACCAGACCCCAUCGUCAAUGGCCACAUCAGUGGCGAUGGCUUCAGCUACAGGGACACGGUGGUCUAUCAGUGCAACCCCGGUUUCCGGCUGGUGGGAACCUCCGUGAGGAUCUGCUUGCAAGACCACAAAUGGUCCGGGCAAACUCCCGUCUGUGUCCCCAUCACCUGUGGUCACCCUGGAAACCCGGCCCACGGCUACACCAAUGGCAGUGAGUUCAACCUCAAUGACGUGGUCAACUUCACUUGCAACACAGGCUACCUGCUACAGGGUGCAUCAAGAGCCCAGUGCCGAAGCAAUGGGCAGUGGAGCAGCCCACUGCCCACCUGCCGAGUGGUGAACUGUUCUGACCCUGGCUUUGUGGAUAACGCCGUGCGUCACGGGCCACGCAGCUUCCCAGAAAGCUUCCAGUAUGGUGUGGGCGUCAUGUACCACUGCAAGAAAGGGUUCUACCUUCUGGGGUCAUCUGCCCUGACCUGCACGGCAAGUGGCUUGUGGGACCGCUCUCUGCCGAAGUGCCUGGCCAUAUCAUGUGGACACCCAGGGGUCCCAGCUAAUGCUGUGCUGAUUGGAGAACGGUUCACCUAUGGGGCCACAGUUCACUACACGUGCAGCGGGGACCACAGCCUCGUGGGCAACAGCACCCGGGUGUGUCAGGAGGACAGUCACUGGAGCGGGGCCCUGCCCCACUGCACAGGAAACAAUCCUGGAUUCUGUGGUGACCCAGGGACCCCAGCCCAUGGAUCUCGGCUUGGGGAUGAGUUUAAGACCAAGAGUCUCCUCCGCUUCUCCUGUGAGGUGGGCUACCAACUGAGGGGCUCCGCCGAGCGAACGUGCCUGGGCAACGGGUCAUGGUCAGGACUGCAGCCUGUGUGUGAGGCUGUGUCCUGCGGGAACCCCGGCACGCCCGCCAACGGCAUGAUCCUCAGCAGCGAUGGCGUCCUCUUCUCCAGCUCGGUCAUCUACGCUUGCUGGGAGGGCUAUAAGACCGCAGGGCUCAUGACUCGGCAUUGCACCGCCAACGGCACCUGGACGGGCACGGCUCCAGACUGCACGAUCGUGAGCUGUGGGGAUCCUGGCACACUAGCCAAUGGCAUCCAGUUUGGGAUCGACUUCACCUUCAACAAGACUGUGAGCUAUCAGUGCAAUCCUGGCUAUCUCAUGGAGCCUGCCACAGGCUCCACGAUCCGCUGCACCCGAGACGGCUCCUGGAACCAGAGCAAACCCCUCUGCAAAGCUGUGCUGUGCAGCCAGCCUCCGCAGGUGCACAACGGGAGAGUGGAGGGCAGCGACUUCCACUGGGGUUCCAGCAUCAGUUACAGCUGUGUGGACGGCUACCAGCUCUCUCACUCGGCCAUCCUCUCCUGCGAAGGGCACGGCGUAUGGAAGGGAGAGGUCCCCCAGUGCCUGCCUGUGUUCUGCGGGGAUCCAGGCACCCCUGCCGAGGGGAGGCAGAGUGGCAAGAGCUUUACCUACAAAUCGGAAAUCCUCUUCCAGUGCAAAUCUCCCUUCAUCCUCGUGGGCUCUUCCCGGAGAGUGUGCCAAGCUGAUGGCUCCUGGAGUGGGGUGCAGCCCAUCUGCAUUGAUCCUGCCCAUAACAGCUGCCCAGACCCUGGCACUCCUCACUUCGGAGUACAGAACAGCUCCAGAGGAUAUGAGGUGGGGAGCACAGUGUUUUUCAGGUGCAGAAAGGGUUACCAUAUCCAAGGCUCAACAACGCGAACUUGCCUGGCCAACUUGACAUGGAGUGGGAUACAGACAGAAUGCAUACCUCACGCCUGCCGACAGCCGGAAACCCCAGCACAUGCCGACGUGCGAGCCAUCGAUCUCCCUACAUUCGGCUACACCUUAGUGUACACCUGCCACCCUGGGUUCUUCCUCGCAGGUGGCUCAGAGCACAGAACAUGUAAAGCAGACAUGAAAUGGACAGGAAAGUCACCUGUUUGUAAAAGUAAAGGAGUGAGAGAAGUUAAUGAAACAGUUACUAAAACUCCAGUUCCUUCAGACGUGUUUUUUGUCACUUCUGUGUGGAAGGGAUAUUAUGAACAUUUGGGGAAAAGACAGCUCGCAACCCUGGUCGUGGACUGGUUCAACGCUACCAGCAGUAAGGUGAACGCGACCUUCACAGCAGCUUCGCAGGUGGAGCUGAAACUGACAGGAGUUUACAAGAAGGAGGAGGCACACCUACUCCUGAAGGCUUCUCAGAUUAAAGGCCCAGCGGACAUUUUUGUGAGCAACUUUGAAAAUGACAACUGGGGCCUGGAUGGCUACGUGUCCUCGGGACUUGAGAGAGGAGGGUUCACUUUCCAAGGGGACGUGCAUGGCAAGGACUUUGGAAAAUUCAAGCUGGAAAGGCAAGAUCCCUCGAGCUCCGAACACGAAUCCUCAAACCAUCACCAGGGCACCAGCAGUGGCUCCGUGGCAGCUGCCAUCUUGGUUCCGUUUUUUGCUCUGAUUUUAUCAGGGUUCGCAUUUUACCUCUACAAACACAGAACAAGACCCAAAGUUCAGUACAACGGCUAUGCUGGCCAUGAGAACAGUAAUGGACAAGCAUCCUUUGAAAACCCCAUGUAUGACACAAACUUAAAGCCCACAGAGGCCAAGGCCGUGCGGUUUGACACAACUCUGAACACGGUGUGCACAGUGGUAUAGCCCUCAGUGCUCACAGGACGAUUCAUAGCCAUACCUCCGACGGACAAGCAGUGACUGCUCUGGUGCCAGAAACCGCCGCCUCCUCUGCCCGCUGCAGCCGCCCUUCCCAC